GCUUCCUCUCUCCCCAUCGCUAUCGGCAUCACAGUUGUUGUGCUUCUUGGAUUGCGGCACAAUGGCGUUGUCCAAAAAAGACGUGGAGGAGUUGAGACCUUGGAUCGACAGAACGGUAGAGAAAUUCCUAGGCUUCAGUGAGCCGACGUUGGUCACAGCUGCAGUGAGCUGCCUGUCAAACGGCUAUGACCGCAAGAAGACUACAGACAAGUUGUCAUCACUACUGGAUGACACGAAAGCCGGAAAGUUAUCGGACAAGCUUUUCGAAGCCAUUGAAGACCUGAAAGUAAAGAGCAGGAAACGAAAAGCAAAGGAUGAGAACGAAUCGUCAGAUGGACGAAAAUCACGUUUUUCCGAGGAGGCAUCUAUUCCGCAGCCUGGUCAACCAAGUCCUGGACAACUAACAGCAAUGCAGAUCAAGGAGAUGAUGGCAAAUGCUCAGCGCAUGAUUGAAGAAAGAAAACGGGCCCUUGGAGCUGUGACACCGCAAACCCCCCAGGUUCCAGUUGCACGGCCGAUGGGUUUGGCUGGUAUCGGAUUUGGAGCAACCCCCGCAUUUGGCGGAGUUGGAGACAACAAGGGUCGCAUUGCUGAACUGACUGCCCAGAUACAGGCCAAGCUGGCUUCGCGGCCAGGAUUGGGAAUGGCCCCCGGAGCACAGCUGCAAGGAGGCAUGGUUGUGCCACCUCAAGCUACCAUGCCUACGCCACUCAUUCUGAACGCCGAAGGAAGGACUGUUGAUCUGUCGGGCAAAGAAAUUCAACUGGCGCACCAUACUCCCACUCUAAAGGCUAAUAUCAGAGCCCAGAAGAGAGAACAGUUCAAAAUCCACCAGGAAAAAGGGAGCGACGAAAUUGUUGAGCAGAAGUUCUUCGAUCAACGAGUCAAUGCGAAACCUGCUGCAAGAGGAAAAAAGCUUUUCAAAUUUCACGAGAAGGGGAAGUACGAACAGCUGGCACAAAAAUUACGGACGAAGGCCAAGUUAGAGAAGCUGCAGCAAGAAAUCGCUCAGGCUGCAAAAAAGACGGGCAUUUCUUGUGCUACCAAGAUUGCCCUCAUGGUUCCGAAGAAGGAAGUUAAAGAGGGAGAGGUCCCUGAUGUAGAAUGGUGGGAUACAUUCAUCAUCAAAGGUGAAAGUUAUGACAGUGUGCUGAGCAGUACUGCUAACUUUGAAGACCUGUUGGAAGGUGUCACCAACCUUGUGGAACAUCCCAUACAGAUGAAAGCUCCAACUGCAACAACAAAACCUGUACUGCUCCCUGUUUACCUGACCAAAAAGGAGCGGAAGAAGCUGCGUCGCCAAAAUAGGCGUGAGGCAUGGAAGGAAAAGCAGGAGAAAAUUCGUCUGGGCUUAGACCCUCCACCAGAACCAAAAGUUCGGAUGUCCAACCUCAUGAGAGUCCUCGGAACGCAGCAAGUACAAGACCCUACCAAAAUUGAAGCGCAUGUCAGAGAACAGAUGGUCAAGAGACAGAGGGCACAUGAGGAGGCAAACGCAUCACGAAAGUUAACAGUGGAACAGAGAAGAGAGAAAAAGGUGAAGAAGCUGAAAGAAGACACUACACGUGGUGUCCAUGUUUCAGUGUAUAGGGUAUUGAAUCUCACGAAUCAGUCAAAGAAAUUCAAAGUGGAGAUGAAUGCCAAGCAGUUGUUCUUGACUGGUUGUGUGGUGCUGUACAAGAAUGUCAACAUCAUAGUUGUGGAAGGGGGACCUAAACAGCAGAAGAAAUAUCGACGUCUGAUGUUGAAUCGUAUCAAGUGGUCCGAAGACCAGGCCUCUGCUGAUGGAACUGAAAAUGGUGAAAAAGUAGACAAUCGUUGUGUGCUAGUUUGGGAGGGAACGGUAAAGUCUCGUAGUUUUGGCGAGAUGAAAUUCAAGAUUUGCCCCACAGAGAGCUUUGCAAGGGAGCACUUCAAGAAGCACGGUGUGGAGCAUUAUUGGGACUUGGCGUACAGCUCUACCAUCCUGGAAAUGGCCGACGAUGCACAGUGAAUUACAUUUGAUGUGUCAGGUGAAGAACGUGGCAAACAUUUUCUGUACAUACAUUGCCUUCAGAUUUCAUUCCCACGAUUACAGUUGUUACAAAAACUA